AAAAAAAAAUUAAAAAAAAGAAAAAAAAAUGAAGAAGGGGGUUUCCCUCGCGUUUCGCACGUCGUAUCCCCACCUCGUUUCCCCACCUCGCCCCCUCCUCUCCUUCUCCUCUCUACCCCGCACCUCACACCAUUUCCCUCUCCCUCUCCCUCUCCCUCGCCUCCUCCUCUCCCCCAUCUCUUCCAUCUCCCCUCUCUCUCCCAUGGGCUCCCCCUCGCUCUCCUCCUCCUCCGCCGCCGCCGCCGCCGCCGACGGCGACGAGGUAGGGUUCCGGCGGCAGGAGUUCGGCCGCGAGGAUCUCGCGGGGACCGUACAGGGCUACGACCGCCACGUGUUCCUCCGCCACAGGUCGCCGGAGGAGUGGGCGCCGAACGUCGAGGCGGCGGCGGCGGCGGAGGCGGAGGAGUCCGGUGGCCGCCUCCCGGCGGUGCUCGCGGCGGCGCUGAAGGCGCGGAAGGGGGAGAUGAAGAAGAAGACUCGUUUGACCAUAAUCAAUGGACAGGAAGGUACUGAAUCAUCAAAUGGGGAUGUUUUGAUCUUUCCGGAUAUGAUCAAAUACAGGGGCCUAACUCAGUCUGAUGUCAAUGAUUUCAUUGAAGAAGUGCUUGUGAAGGAAACCCAGUGGCUUCCAAAAAAAGCUGAGACGCUGAAGGGCUCAUACAUCUAUGUAUGUGCUCAUGGAAGUCGUGAUAAGAGAUGUGGGUUUUGUGGCCCUGUUCUCAUCAAAAAAUUCCAAGAGGAGAUAAAUGCCCGUGGUCUACAGGACAAAGUGUUUGUUAGCCCUUGCUCCCACAUUGGUGGUCACAAAUAUGCUGGAAACGUCAUUAUAUUUAGUCCGAGCAUCAAUGGUGAAGUUACUGGGCAUUGGUAUGGAUAUGUAGCUCCAGAGGAUGUGAUCGUCCUGCUUGAGCAGCAUAUUGGGAAAGGACAGAUUAUAGACCAUCUUUGGAGGGGACAGAUGGGUUUAUCCCAAGAGGAACAGAAAACUGCUCACAACCUCCGACUUCAGCCUAACAAUGAUGCAGCGCGUCAAACUGGUUGCUGCGGGGGAAGCAAAGCCUCAAAUUGUUGCCAAGCCAUGCCGUCAAAUGGGAAACAAGUAGAAGAAAACAAUGAUGAUAAGGUUAACGAGAAGAGCGAAAAUAUAGGCGAGGUCAGAAAGCCUAAAGGGACCUCCGGCGCUCGUAAAACUUGCUCAUGGUUUGAGAGGUGGGAGCGCCAGGAUACCUACGCGGCUCUCGCUGUCGUUGCGGCCGUUGCUUCCAUCGCUGUUGCCUAUAGCUGCUAUAAGCAGAUGAAAUGAAACAUCUGUGUGUUCAACAACGAGGUUUAAAUUUCCUCCUCUUUCUUUUAGGGCAAAAAUAAUGAGAACUCAUUUUAUAGGAGUAUAUACAUACGGUACGUUAUACAAGCAUAGUAACUGCCAUUCAAAUGGAAAACACUAUAUGGCCACGUUAUCGCCGAAACAUCGAUGAGAUUCUCCCUUUCGGGUUCGUUCUCAGCAUUCUUUCGAUCGGUUUUCUUGAGAAUGUAUGUUGUAUUACGUUUUUUUGAUUUUUGAAGAUGUAUGGGUGGAAUAAUGUUGUUAGCAAAAACAAGGACAUGAGCAGGAACUGAGACUUAAACCUUUCAGUUUUCGUUUUUUGAUGAAUAUACAUAUAUAUUUUCAUAGUUA